AAAUUUGUCUUGUAAACAAUAAUGGCUGCUACAUGAGGAGACAAUCAAUGAGUUCUCAUAGUUUUCUUUGGAAUUGCUUCCCAGAACAACAUCGUGUAGACUGAUUACAUUUCUAAAUCAAAACAUGAAUUAUUUACCUGGAACAGCCAGUCUGAUUGAAGAAAUUGACAAAAAGUUGUUAGUAGUCCUGAGAGAUGGUCGGACUCUAAUUGGCUAUUUGAGGACAAUUGACCAGUUUGCCAACUUGGUACUGCACAGGACUAUUGAACGGAUUCAUGUGGGAAAGAAGUAUGGAGACAUCCCAAGAGGUAUUUUCAUAGUGCGAGGUGAAAAUGUCGUUCUUCUUGGAGAAGUGGACCUGGAAAAUGAAAACAACCUGCCCUUGGAACAAGUGGAUAUUGACACCAUUCUGGAGCUGCAGAGAGCGCAACAGAUGGAGCGGGAAGCUGAGCAGGAACGAAAGAAAAAGGCUAUGGCAGAGCGUGGGAUUCACAUUGAUCAGGCCAUUGAUGACUUUUGAUAUGAUUCUUAUACUCUUGAGGUAUUCUGGGAGGGUUUUUUCCACCAUGAAUAAUGAAUGAAAUUCUUGUGCUGACAUUUCUCAGCUGAGUGUUGUAAAAUGUAAACCAUGUUGAUGUAUAAAUUUUCAUUUUUUUGUGUUUUUGCAAUCCGAUAGAUGUUUUUGGUGUAUGUGAGAAUGCAAGAGUAGUUUUCAUUUAUAAAUGAAUAAAUUGUACUUUUUUUUAUCUUCCGACAGUUUUUCAUUGUGAUAAAUUGUGUUAGAUAAAUGUGUUCACAGUCACUCUCUCCCUCACAGGCUCAGACAAAAUAAAUGUUAAUAUAACGGCUCUUUGUUUUGUUUUUUCUCUUUGCAUUUUAUUUGUCCUUCAAGCUCUGAAUAAUUGCAAUAUAAUAAAGGGGUGCACAUGAUACCAUGUGGCAUUGGCAGUACAUAUUCAUUGAGAGUGCUAGUAAGUGCUAACAAGAGUUUUUAUCUUUUUACCAUUUCUGCAUGGGACUUGCCUUUUUUUGGUAGCCUACAUGAAGUGAACAUUACUAUAUCUAGCAACCAGUCAAAAGUGUGCUGCUUUCUAUGAUGAGGAUGAAGCUGUCCUUAGCUGAAAAAUAAAAAAAAUGUUGAUACUGA